AUGACUGACUUGCACUCUUUUAUUCACCUUGAUGCAUUCACAACAGACCAUUUAAUGCAAAUUCCGAGCUCAAGUCUUUUUCACGCAUCAAAUUUAACACACAUAAGAGAUGUGUGUAAAAUUGUGGACUUGUUAUGGAAUAAUUUUGAAAAAGAUACAACCAAGUUUCGAGAAUUCUUUUGUGAAAUCCACAGCUACAAAGACAUUUAUGAUCACUUGACUGCAGUCCUAAAAUACCACAAGAAAUACCUAGAAAUGGCUGAAGAGAUCAUGUAUGACAUGCUGCUUUGUGACGGUUAUUAUGACCCAAUUUCGUUGUUUAAAUUACGACUAACCAGCACAUGCUCCACUCAAGAAAAAACAAUCUUCAUGAAGCUUUAUGGCCUCAAUGACUUGGAGUGUGAACCUGAUUUUAAGCUUCGUGACUCCAAUCGUGUCAUUCAUGUGCUCAAAAACAAGAUCAACAAUCAACAACAGGAAACCAAAAUAUGGUCAGUAUGGAAAAUUUUCAUUCAACAAGUGACAUCCAAAGAAAUUGAGAACGAGGUCUCACAACUCUUGUCAAAAAUUCAACCAUUUCGUCACCUUGCAUUUGGAGAUUCUAAGAAACAAAUGUCAACACCCAAUACUUUGCCACGAGAGAGAGUGACCACAACAGAAAAACCUCCAACUUUUCAACUAACGUUUGACUUUUCCAAAAAUCCAUUCGCAUCAAAUUCAGGUACUAAUUUUGUAUUCAAUCCUUUUUCUUCAAACAAAUAA